CAAGCUUCUUAGCUUCGGGUCAAUGUUAUCCGAAGGAGUUUUUCCAUCAAUGAUGUGUGGAAACUAGUGCGCCUUCGAUUCCCCGCAUUUGUGCCCCAGACUACUUACGCGUGGUUUCCGGGGCUCCGCAAUUGAGACGGUCUCGCGAGGUCCACAUGGCCGUGAGUUUGGUCAAGCUUCGUGCCCCUGGACGGAGUGGCACCAUGCCUUCUUCAUACAAACUAGCUCGUCUCGGGAUAAUAACCGCCGGUGAUGGAACUGGUGAAGUUUGGCGCUAGCUAUAAAUGCCGGAAAUGCCCCUUCCUGGAUAGAGGAACCGUUGUCUGGCGCCAUCUGUUCGGCUGACAGCUACAAGACGUUGACCAUCACAAUAUGCGUCUUCGCGCUUCCCUUGGUGUGGCCUCUGCCUGCGCCUCCGUUGCCUCCGCAGCGCUGAAGGUCACGGAGGACAACAGUACAAUCACCUUGACUAAUGACCGAUUAACAUCCACUUUCGCCAAAGAUAAAGGUCACGUCUCGGAGCUCUUCCUCGAUGGCCAGGAUCUCCUUGGACCCAUAUCGGGCAGUACCGGUGUUGGUCCGUAUCUUGAUUGCUACUGUACACCCUCCGGCUUCUACACUGCUGGCACCACCGAACCCCGUAUGGAGGUCGUCCAAGGAAUCGAUUCGACUGGGACAAAAUAUGCUGGUGUAAUCUUAAACGACACGUACACACCAACAGGACAGCAGUUCCAGCAAUAUUGGUUCCUCCGAGAUGGCGAAACGGGUCUGCAUACGUUUAGCCGCUUGGCGUACUACAACGAGACGACACCGUUUUUGCGCAACUUGCAAGAAUUCCGAACCCUCUUCCGCCCAAAUACGGAGUUAUGGACACACUUGACAUCCAGCGAGGCUCAGACGGCUCCCCUCCCCAGCCAGGAAGCGAUCGAUAAAGAGAUUGUCGUGCAGGAUGCGACGUGGCGCUUCAACAAUACCCCGCAUGAUGCAUACUACACUCAAUUCUCCGAGUAUUUCACCAAAUAUACUUUCUCUAACUUGUGGCGAGACAACAGUGUUCACGGUUUAUAUGCCGAUGGAACCAACUCGAACGGCACUACAUACGGAGCAUGGCUCGUCAUGAACACCAAGGACACAUACUACGGUGGACCCCUGCACUCUGACCUGACAGUCGACGGAAUCGUUUACAACUAUCUCGUGUCGAACCACCAUGGAGAAGGAACACCAAACAUUACUAAUGGCUUUGACCGCACCUUUGGCCCCCAGUACUAUCUCUUCAACGGUGGAAAGGGCUCUGCGUCGUCUCUGGAAGAUUUGCGAUCGGAGGCUGAGACCCUAGCCGACCCAGGAUGGAACGCUGACUUCUACGACUCAAUCGCCAAGCAUGUGAUCGGGUAUGCUCCCUCCAGCAAGCGCGGUAGUGUACAAGGCCAGGUUAAGCUUCCCAAGGGUUCAAAGCGACCCAUCGCGAUUCUGACAGUAAAUGGACAAUACUUCCAAGACAACUCGGUGGAGGCUUCGUCGCAUCAAUACUGGGCCGAGAUGGGCCAAGACGGAACCUUCCAAUUAGACCACGUCAAGGAGGGUAAAUACCGCUUGACUGUCUUUGCAGACGGUAUCUUCGGCGACUUCGUACAUGAUGGCGUUGAGGUGGAAGCCGGAAAGGCAACCAAGGUGCAGGAGACUUGGGAACAGGAGUCUGCAGGUGUUGAGGUCUGGCGACUAGGAACGCCCGAUAAGUCCUCGGGCGAAUUCCUCCACGGAGACGCGCCAGACCCAACACACCCCUUGCACCCUCCCCAGCACCUUAUCUACUGGGGAGCGUAUGACUGGCAGCAGGACUUCCCCAAUGGUGUCAACUAUACCAUCGGCAGCAGCGACCCUGCCGUCGAUUUCAACACCGUGCACUGGUCGGUGUACGGCCCAACCCCUGAAAAUCCAGACGUCGAAUAUGACACCACACACGACUGGACGAUCAAUUUCUCCUUGGAUAAGAAGCAGCUGCAGCAACGCAAGACAGCCACGCUGACUAUCCAACUGGCCGGUGCGAAGACCGCGGCUGGCAAUACGGACGUGUACAACGCGACUGAACCCUACGCCAAUCUUGCGUUGGAGAGCUACAUCAACGAGCAGAAGGAGCCGCUGACUUUGUUGGUCGGUUUCAAUCAGUCCAGUAGCUGCAUUGUCCGCUCAGCUGUCAGCUGCUACCAGGUUCGCUCGCGCAUGGAAUUUCCCGCCGACUGGCUGAACGUGGGGAACAAUGUGCUCACCUUGCAUCUGCCACAUAAUGCCACAGACUAUGAGACGGCUGUUCUCCCCGGAACGGUGUAUGUCCAGUACGAUGCACUGCGUCUGGAGCUGUCUUAAUGUAGGUAGUAUAGAUGCGAGUUGAAGGACGCUGUUGUACAUAUGUACGUCCUUACCAGGCUUCGGUUAGUGUUUUAGUUGUAUAGAGAAUUUAAUCCAGUUAUCAGGUAACAACCGGC